AUGUGGGAACUUGAGACUGUUGACCAAGGAAGGCAUAUUUUAAGGAUAGGUGAAAAUGCUGCUUCCAUUAAUAGUUUACUAAAAUUGAUUCUGGUACUUACUUCGCUAUUUGAAGCUAUAAUACUUCCAGUGUUGCUUUCUCUGGUAUGGAUAUCUAUUUACAAAAUUAAACAAAGAAUGAAUAGCAACGAUUUUAAAUUGUGCAUGGUGGCUACGCAUGGCUAUGUUUUAAGGCUUUUCAUGGAUUUCUUCCUCAGAUAUAAAAGAUUAUCCAAGGGUAUGAUUGUAUUCACCAUUGUAUUAUUUCUAACAACUAUGCUAGGGAAAAAUAUACCAAAUAUUAUGCUCUCUGGGAUUAUUGAAUUGCAUAAUUUUACCAGCAUUGUGCCUUCUAAUAUUAUAUUAUUUAAUAAUGAUUCGAAUUGUAUUUACAAAUCAUGCACUUCUGACUUGACGGGAGAAAACUUUGCAUUGGUUGCAAAUUCUACUACAAUACAAAAUAUUAUGCAUAGUGAUUAUGUGCAAAACACUUAUUGGGGUUUAAAUAAUACAUUGUAUGCAGUGCGUUCCAAAAUUGAUGCAGGAUCUUGUAGUUUAAGUAUAGGAGAUGGAGUUGGAGUAAUAAGUAGUAAUAAUCUGGGAAAUGAGACAGAUACGCCUACAAAUACCGGAAAAUAUACUAGUAGUUAUAGUGGUCAUACUCCUACAAUUAAAAGUGUUGGUCUAAUUUCUUAUAUACUUAAUACGUUUUUAAGAGUCAGUUUAUCAGAUAGAUGUGACAUAUCUAUGAAUUUGUUUUAUAUUUCACCCGAUUUUUCUCCUGACGUUGUGAAAAUGGCCAAGUGGUUAUAUGAUAGUGGGUAUACGCAUGAUCAAAGAUUGGAUCGUUAUUGCACAAUACUUAUGGAGUGUAAUGUCACUAUGGAAUGGAAACAAAUGCAAAUAUUUGGAAAUACACCAGAUGAUCUAAAAAUAUCGGAUGUGCAAUCUAAUAAUACUAUAGAAAAAUUGGAAGAAUUGAUUUCUACCAAUGUACAAGACACUGAUAUCAAUGGAAAAUGGUUUGGAGAAAGUCUUAUUGAUAGUGUUGUAGAUAAAUUGACAUCAAUGUUAACAACAUGGAGGAACGAUAUCAAAUACAAAAGAAGCGAAAGCAGUUACAAUUUUUUUGAUCAAUUUGGUGACACCAUAUCACAAUCGUUGGCAUCAUCUAUACAAUCCAUGAUAAGCACUGUCAGUGUCGAUGUUGAUAAGAAAGAGAUAUUUACAGCUCCAGGACUUUGGAUAGAGCUUACUGCUCUAAUAUUUGCAAUAUUAUUGACCUGUUUGAUUUCAAUGACUGUCUUGACAGCUAGAAAUUCAAAAAUGUCGUUACCACUUAGUGUGCUGGAUUUUGAAAUCAUAUCCAAUGCUAUUUUUAAAGAGUAUAAUGAUGAUGGCAGCUACAAUCAAAAAAUUUCUUGGCCAUUUAAUGUGGUUUAUUUACAAGAUAAAUCAUAUCGUUUGAUUUCAACGAAUGAAUCAGCUGAUGAUUAA